AAUCGUCACAUCGCCAUGAUCAGGUAUGUGUUGAAAUUUCUUUUUUUCUGGCGAACUCUCACCUCUGUCAAGUAUUGGCGGUGUUAUCGGUACUGGUCUUUUUGUUGGAACCGCAGACUCUCUGAGUUAUGGAGGUCCCAUUGGUCUGUUGCUCGGCUACAUUGUCAUGAGCUCCGUCGUCUAUUGCGUCAUGAUCAGUCUGGGAGAAAUGAUUGCUUACCUGCCUAUAGCUGGUGGUCAUAUCAAACUGGCCGAGCGCUUCGUUGACCCUGCGUUCUCUUUUGCCAUGGGUUGGAAUUACUGGUAUGACUGGACGAUUAGCUCUGAGAUUUCUGCUGCUGCAUUAUUGAUAAAUUAUUGGAAUUACACCGUCAAUGAUUCAAUAUGGAUCGUCACAUGUCUUGCCGUCGUUCUCGCCAUUAAUAUGCUCGGUGCUGGCGCUUACGGCGAAGCGGAAUUCAUAUUUGCAUCCGUCAAGGUCAUCACAAUCACUGGUGUUAUCAUUCUCGGUAUAGUCAUCGAUUUAGGUGGUCCAAACCAUGACCGCAUUGGAUUCCGCUACUGGAAAAAUCCUGGACCAUUCGUUCAGUAUAGUGGCAUCGAAGGUGCCGAAGGACGAUUCCUCGGCUGGUGGGCUGUUUUGACGCAGGCUGCUUUCUCAUUCAUUGGAACCGAGAUUGUUGCUAUUACUGCUGGAGAAGCGAAGAAUCCUCGUCAUACCUUGCCCAAAGCCAUCCGUCGAGUAUACAUCCGUAUAUUGCUUUUCUACAUCGGUGGAACACUCAUAAUUGGUUUGCUUGUACCAUCCAACAACCCAUUACUCGAAUUGAACACUGGAACCGCCCGGUCUCCAUUCAUUAUUAAUGCUUGUUUGUUGACCUCGGCAUGGUCCGCAUCUUCUAGUUCCUUGUAUACUGCAUCUCGUGCGAUUUGUAUGUACACUUAUCUGGCAGCCAACUCAUCGAAAUUAAUACACUUUGUAGAUGGUCUUGCAGCCUCAGGAAAUGCUCCCAAGAUCUUCCUUAAAACAACGCGCAACGGGUUGCCUUACGUUGCCGUCCUCUUCUCCGCCGCUUUCUCCCUUCUUGCUUUCAUGGCUGUGUCCAGUAGUGCGGGCUCAGUAUUUAAACGAUUUUCCAACAUGUCAGCCAUCGCUGGCCUUAUGACGUGGUUUGGUAUUUCGGUGACGUACCUCCGCUUCUACAAGGGCAUGCAGGUUCAAGGCAUCGACCGGAAGACGCUCCCUUACUACACAAAUCUUCAGCCAUACGCAGCGUGGUGGGGAGUAGUUACGACGAUCACCAUCUGUUUCUUUAGCGGAUGGGGCGUCUUCCUCAAAGGAAAGUGGAAUAGUGUAACUUUUGUCACUGACUACAUCCUUCUCAUUACCUGGCCAAUUAUGUACUUUGGUGCUCGCCUCUACUAUGGCACAAAGCCC